AUGCUGGAUGCUUUCAUUGACAUGCUCCCCAUGAUAGUCGACAUCGACUCUAGUGGUAAGGACCAUCGAUGGCACGCCCAUACCUACAUACGGAGGCUCAUGUGUUCGAUCAACGACUGGCCCGUCGUUCGAGUCCGACUUCGAAGGCUGUGGAAGCACAUGAUGACGGACACAAGUGGAACGCUCUCGGUUGUUUUGGACUGUACGGUUGAAGUCAGCUCUCAUUUCGAGAACGAGCUUGACAGGACAGACCUGGAAUUUCUCCUGUCGGAGUUUCUAUCUCCCCCACAAACAGGCCUUGACACAGCAGAGCUCCUCAAGUUUGCUCAUUGGUGUCUUAACCUCGCGAGGGUGCGCAAAUGGCUUGAGCUCCACACUAUCCGUGAUGAGCUGAGGGCACUUGUGGCGACUGUGUGCACCAUCCUGAAGGACGCCGUCUUGAAGCCGCAAAUCCUGGAUAGCGAGAUAUUGACGAUGAGCGAGGUAUUUUUCUUUACGCCGUUCAUAGCCGAAUGUGCACGUCACGUCGAAGACGAUUCUGGAGUACUCGAGAUCAACAUGCUCACGUUCUUGGCCGACUUGGUGUGUAGCUGCGAGCUGUACAAGGUUUGGGAGUAUGACAUGCAGAAGGAGGUGCGCAAGAUACGAGAGCUUGUUUGUCUACCUGGGGAGACCAUCCACGAUGCAGACGUCUGGCUGUCCUCGGUGGCGGACGAGCAGCCUGCCCGGAAGGAGAGAGCCUUUGCCAGGCUACGUGCCUCGUGCAAUACGACGAAAACGACUGAGAUUUGA